AUGGGAACCGUUCAUGGAGUAUAUCUAAAAUAUGUGGGUCUAUCUGCCAUAUCAUAUGCCGGUUACGCCUUCCUCGAUGAAGCAUUAGGAGAUAUUGAUGACAGAACGAGUGGCGAUGGUCUCCAAAGACUUGCCAAAGUAUAUUUGGGUUACUCCACUAUUCUGAACGGAAUUAUUGCUGGGCUCUUCAAGUUGGAGUGGGGGAUGUCAAUUAUUGGGAAGAAUAAGGAAAGUGGAAAAAUUCCGCUUUGGAGUUAUAUCGUAUUCGCCCCAUUUCACAUUCCAACGCUUUUGUAUACACAUCUACAUAUUCGUUUUGGAAGACACAAAACCAAAGACGAUAGCACAGGAAAAUCUAGCUAUGGAAUUGCUCCCGUUGCUUCAGAAGUAAGCGAAGGUUGGUGGGUUGGCAGCUGUUACGGCCAUGAAUUGAAUAAAGAAUGGGGAGGUGUUAUAGACCUUACAGUCGAAUUUCCGGAGUCUUGUAGGAAAAGAACCAAACAUUAUCUCUCAGCGCCAACCUGGGAUGGAAUUCCUUUGCCUCCUGCUGAGCUGGAACACGCUGCAAAAUUUGCAGUUGCGGCUAGGAAGGAUGGUCAUGUUCUUGUGCAUUGUGCGCAUGGAAGGGGAAGAUCGACAACCGUUAUGUGCGCAUGCCUUGUAAGGGAAGGUCUUUUCUCUUCAUGGCAGGACGCAUUUGGGCAGAUUAAGAAAAAUCGUAGUGUGUGCAAGUUGAACAAGCGAAUGAGGGAGAACCUCGAAGCCUGGCAAAAUCAGUAUGUUGACUUGAAGAAACAGUAG